CCCCGUGCCAUGCGCUCUUCCCUGGUUUCAACCAGCAUCACAUGGGCAUAUCCAGGCUGACCACAUCCGCAGGUACAUCUUGCACCUGACGCCAAUUCAGCAAUAGACAAUUACUUCCAUGCUGUUAAUUUCCUAGUCAAAACGGCUAAACAAAUGCAUGAGAUCAGUGACCUUAUUACAGGAUCUUCUGCCCAUUCCUAAUUUUAACCUCCACUCUGCUUUUUCACGACUUAAUUAUUCCCAGCCCUGAACCUGACACACUCUUAUAAACCUGUCCCCACCCCAUCCCCUUAACCCGGGUCCCAUCAGACCUGCAGCAUUGCCAUGCUGGGCUGUCUGCUGCGUAGGAGCAUGUCUCACAGACUGAGUGUGUUUCUGGUGGUCUUCGGCCUGGCCUGGUGUCUGCUGCUGCUUCACUACACCAUCACACAACCACAGCGCCAGAGCAGCUCAGAGCUCCGCCAACAGAUCCUCGAGCUCAGCCAUCGCUAUGUCAAAGUGCUUAGCGAGGAGAACCAGAACCCUUCAGGGCCCCAUGGCACCUCCAUGGCAGGAUAUGCCGACUUGAAGAGGACAAUUGCUGUGCUGUUAGAUGAUAUUCUCAGCCGUUUGGUGAAAGUGGAGGCUGCUGUGAAUGCCUCCAUACAGAACAUCUCCCAUCCUGCUGCUGGUGCCGGCACUCUCCUUGCUGCCAGAGUCACUGUUUCCAGGUCCACCAAACAAAAUAUGUCUGCCCACCGGCCAGAGAGACGUAGUAACCCUCUGCACUUCCUGUCACAAUCACUUGACAAGUCACAUAAGCCGCACUCUUUGAAAUAG